AUGAGUGGGAAUUCAAAAAGAAGAAUUGAAACCGAUGUCAUGAAACUUCUCAUGAGUGAUCACGAUGUAGAAUUGGUAAAUGAUAACAUGCAAGAAUUCUAUGUCAAAUUUUGUGGGCCAAAAGAUACUCCUUAUGAGAAUGGAUGUUGGAGGCUGCAUGUAGAAUUACCUGACAAUUAUCCUUAUAAAUCUCCAAGUAUCGGAUUUGUUAAUAAAAUUUUCCAUCCAAACAUUGAUAUUGCUUCUGGUUCAAUUUGUUUGGAUGUCAUCAACUCUACUUGGUCCCCAUUAUAUGAUUUGUUGAAUAUUGUAGAAUGGAUGAUACCUGGAUUGUUGAAAGAACCAAAUGGAAGUGAUCCUUUGAAUAAUGAAGCAGCAGGUUUGCAACUACAUGAUAAGACUUUGUAUGAACAGAAAAUUAAAGAAUACAUUGAUAAAUAUGCAACAAGUGAAAAAUAUAACGAAAUUUUUGGUUCUUCUAACUCUGAUUCUUCAGACGAGGAUUUAGAUGUAGAUGUAGAUGGAGAACAAGAAGAUGAAGAAAUGGGUUAUGAACAUGAUACAGAAUAUGGUAAUGAUAAUGAUAAUAAUGAAGAUGAUAAAUUAAGUGAUAUAUCAACUGAUGAAUUAAGCGAAAUUGAUGUUAGUUCUGAAGACGAAGAAAUCGAGUGA